UCAAACCCCAAACCCAUAGGCCAGGCCACAACAACACAGCACAGUGGAGAGCUUUUACUAUUUAUACCCAUCAUCACUCUCCCAAAUCUAGAUCAAACCCUUCUCCUCUCCUUACUUUCAUUCUGCUCUUCUCCUCUGCCUUUCAAAGCUUUUCUCUUUUUUCUAGGAGAAAAUGGCCAUGACUAAGUUUCUGGCCUUCAUGAUCUUGGCUUUCAUCGCCAUUUCCAUGAUCCAAACAACUGUUAUGGCUUCUAAUGGCAAUGGAGGUCAUCACAACAACAAGAAAGGAUAUGGACCAGGGAGUCUCAAGAGUUACCAAUGCCCAUCUGAAUGCGUGAGGAGGUGUGGAAGAACCCAGUACCACAAGCCGUGCAUGUUCUUCUGCCAGAAAUGUUGUAAGACCUGCCUGUGUGUGCCACCGGGGUAUUAUGGUAAUAAAGCUGUGUGCCCUUGCUACAACAACUGGAAGACCAAGGAAGGAGGCCCUAAAUGCCCUUAGGAAACUUGGAGAAUUUCCAAUAAUGCCCUUUACUAUAUAACUUUUUAGUAAUGUCCUUUUGUAUUGUCUGGGGAUUUUUCAUUUUAUUUUGUUGUUUUGGACUCUAUUUAGAGAGGACUGAAAGAACAAGUGUUUUUUGUGUACUAAAAAAAGUCACUCCUUUAGCUUGGAGUUUUAUCUAAAUGAGAGUGGCUCUUUCAUCUAUUAUUAUUAUUAUCAAUGAAAAAAGAUUAUGGCUUUUAUGA